GUCUGGAAGUUGUUCAAGAUUACGUGCUCAGUUGUUAAUCGAAUGCAAGUGCAAUGCAUCCGGCUGGUAUGCUCGUAGUACAUAUUUUAAACAGUUCAACAAGUGUAAGCCACUUCCGGAAUCGGAAUUCAGAAUCUCAAUCUGAAUCUGAAGACAUCUUUAAUGGCAGAGGGGCGAAAAGUGGAGAAUGGAGCCGGAGUAUGAGAGUGAGAGUGAGUGGCAACAGCUGUCCCAUCGAGAUUGGAAUCGGUUGAAGACGCGAUAAGUUAAUCGGCAAUCGCACGUACGGAGCACACGUUUCCGGACGUGGUGCCAGUGUACAUCGAUAUAAAACUGGACCAUCUGAGCACUGAGAAAAUCAGUUCAAUUAGCCAAAUUUAUAGAGCAGUUCGCCCAGUAACAGCAGCAACACCAUCGACUAAAGGUUUCCAUUCAGGGCUAAUUAAGGAAACGGAAAGGAGAGCUGCACGUCGACCAUGCUGCCGUCACGUAAACAUUUAAUUGCCUUCGUUGUGGUGACAACAUUAGUAUGCUUCACAGUGGGACAGGAUUCCACAACCAAUCAGUCGGCAUCAAAUGCCACGGAUAUCACCAGCACUAGUGCUCCAACUUUGGCGACCACAGAAUCUACAUCAACUUCAACAGGAGCAUCAACAACAGUACCACCAAGCACCACAUUAACGGAUACAACAACCACACAAUCAGCAACUAGCACAUCCAUAGCCACAAUUACAUCAACAGCCACAUCCACAGCCACGUCCACAUCAACAUCCAUAACCACACAAUCAACAACAACAACUUUAGGCGACACAACAACCACAACUAACACUCCAACUACAACAACAAGCACAACUAACACUCCAACUACACCAACAACCACAACUAACACUCCAACUACAACAAGCACAACAACCACACAAAUUUCAUCAACAACUGCCCCACCAUCGACAGCUGCAACUAACACUCCAACUACAACAACAACCACAACUAACACUCCAACAACAACCACACAAAUUUCGUCAACAACAGCACAACCGACAACAAGGAGCACACAAGCUUCAACUACCACACCACAGUCUACAACACCGACUACAACACCUUCAACGACAACACAACAGUCAACCACAACAGUUUCUGCUGUCACAACGAGUACACUUGGAUCCAUAACAACACCGCAAACUUCUACAACUUCCACAAUUACUCAGGCUUCAACAACAACUUCACAGUCUACUACAAACUCUGCUCAAGUUUCAACAACUACACCGCAGUCCACAUCAACAUCAACAACACAAGCCACAACGACACCACAAUCUUCAACAAGUACCACUCAAACUUCAACAACACAAGCCACUACUCAAACUUCAACAACACCACAAAAUACCUCCACAGGACCACAAUCAACAACGACAACUACUCAAAUAUCAAUAACAGAACCACAAUCGACCACAACAAAUGCGCCCACUUCAAUAACAACACAGCCGACAACAACAACCACUGUAGCAGCAUCCAGCACUGAACUUUCAACAACAGUUUCUGAAAGCACCACCAGCUCAACAACAACCACCAGCACAACACCACUCGCUUACACCGUUUACACCAUGGAACCAUAUCCGAAUAUUUAUGGGCGAAACAACCUGGACGGCAAGCCACCGCGCAGAUUGCGAAAGGGUCGCAAAGGACGCAGGGGCAGGAGACCUCGUCGUCGCACCACCUUGGCACCACUGACUUCCAGCACCGCCACCACCACCACCAGCACCACAACCACAACCGCCAGAACAACACUGAGUAGCGACUAUUUCAGCGAGGACUACGACGACAUUGUCCUAAACUCAAACAAUGUUCUCGAACCGUUUCCGCAACUGGCUCUCGAUCUCGGCAAUAUCGAAAACAACAGGAUCCCCAAAUAGUGGAUCGCUUGCAAUAUCCUCCAGGAGACUGAGACCAAUAACUGAGGGACUUCCAUUCAUACAAAUCUGAUCAGCUUAGUUGUAACCUUUAUACUUACUUAAGAUAUAUAUCACAAAAUGUUGUUUACCUUAUAUUAUAUUAUUAUAUGCCUUUACAAAGCAAAACAUUUUUACAUCUAUUUUUCUUAGUGGAAAAUAAAAGACAACUGCCAGAAAAACUUAAAGGGCAUUCAUAUCAAUAAGCGUGUCGACACCUAGGUUGAAAACAAAGACUAAAAACUAUUUUUAAUUAUUUGAUAAUAGAAUG